GCCGGCUCUCCUCUUGCAUGGGCUCUGGUAGGAUGAAGGUCUCCGUGGCUGCCAUCUCCUCUCUCCUCCUCCUCCUCAUUAUCACCACCGUUGCCCUAGGGGCUGAGGCUGGAUCCUCCUCACGAGGACCUUACCACCCCACGGCGUGCUGCUUCUCCUACAUUACCCACGCACUCCCGCGUCGCUGGAUUACGGAUUAUUAUGAGACCAGUGGCCAGUGCUCCAAACCCGGCGUUGUCUUCCUCACCAAAAAGGGCCAUUCCAUCUGUACCAACCCCAGUGACAAGUGGGUCCAGGACUACAUCAAAGACCUGGAGGAGAACUGAGUGACCCAGAAGUAGUGGAGAAGGGCGCAGCUCAGAGACUAAAGAGAAGAGGCUAAGGCCCCCUCCCACCCCCAGCUUUUGGCCCCAGCAACCCCCUGGGAGCUGCCCUGCCUUGCAUUAAAGACCAUUCAUGUCUUCUCUGCCCUCA